AUGGUCUAUGGCCAGAUUGCCCGCUAUAUGGAUGACUGCAAGUGUUGUUAUGGCAUCUUGACUACCUACAACCAAACCAUUUGUCUGAGGCGUGAGACCAUGUUUACUUUUCUGGCCUCGCCUGUUCUCUAUCACUCUCAAAGCUCAGCCUCGGGCCCGAAUGGAGAAGUGUUAGAGAAGCCAUGCUAUACAUGGCCUAUCUGGCAGGUAACGGUCAAAGAGACGCACGCUACCCACUGA